UACAAGAGCUAUCUGUGAUCAGAGAUGGCGGGCGCCUCCGACCCCCUGGAAGAUAUGCUCUUUUCAGAGGUGGAUGAAAAGGCGGUGAGCGACCUGGUGGGUUCGUUGGAGUCUCAGCUUGCAGACCAAAACAAGCCUGCAGAUAAAACAGAGGAAAACGGAGGCGCUGGCUCCGUGCCCCCCGCUAACCAUCACUUAGGAAAAACGCUGCCAGCUCCAGUGGGCACCUCAACACUAGAACAACAACAACAACAAGGACGGCGGAAUAAAACUGAGACGCGCCAGGAGAUAAACUCUAAAGAUGUUAGCCCGGGUAAAACUGUCACGUCUCCUUCUCCGGGCUGCACCCCGGGCUCUUUUGACCCGCCUUCCUCCACUUCGCCCGCCGCCGGUGUGAACGCCACUUCACAUGGAGGAGCAUCCAUCACAACACUGACCGCAUCUGGGCUGUCAACUUUGGCAGCUACGCCUGCUGGCAGCAUCAGCAACACAUCCAGCAGUCGGGGGUGUAAGGUUUCUUCUCCCGGCACAGGUGAGACGUCCACGGAGGCGAACCCACCGAGGAAGCGCAUAACCACGCCGCGGAGGAGCGCUUCUGCUCGGUUGAAGAGUUUGAACGGAGCCGCUGUGACGACGCGGAGGAACAGCAGCAGCAGCAGCAGCAGCAGCAGCGCAGCGGCAGAAGACGUCAGCUGUGUGGAUACAACAAACUCUACUCGUGUUGUGACAUCCUCUAUUAACACUUCCACUUUCACCGUGACUAACCCGAGCCUCCCCGUAGGUCAGUCUGCUAUUGCCUUGGACCGGGGGACUCCCACUAUCGCUUUGCAUAGACUCCCAAGUCACAUCGUGGCGAGCAUUGCCCAGAAUGGAAACGGUACCAGUGUGUCGGCCUUGGUCCAGCAGGCUGCCCGCAUAGCAUCCACCACAUCUUCAGCUUCACAGGAUAGCAAAACACUCACAGAUUCACAGCCUUCCAAAACAGAGUCCAAAAUUGUAAUGUCAAGCCAGUCUGUCAAUUCUACAAUAAACACUGUAUCUACCACACCUUCUGUUGCCAUAACAACAGCAGCAGCAGCAACAACAAUGACCACCACAACAAUAACUCAGCCUCUGAACUCCCCCACAACGGCCACCACCUGUGUAACAGCAGGGGUGGCGACAAGUUCUGUAUCAGUGACCACCGCCGCCAUCAGCACUGUCAGACCCACAGCCCCCUCCCCGACACCCGCCGUGGCCACCUCGGCACAGUCUCAACCCCGUCCUGGACUCGCAGCACCUCAGAGGAUUGUAGCCCCACAGCUGAUUGUCAGACCGCCUCAGCAGCAGACGACUAUUCAGCUGCCCCCUGGGUUUACCAUCCCGCCGGGGAUGGUGUUGGUACGCACUGAGUUGGGCCAGCUGGUGAUGGUUCCUCAGCAGGCUUUGGCUCAAGCUCAGGCUCAGGCUCAGGCCCAGAACAACAUCUCUCCGCGCCCUGCCACUCCCACGACAGGAGCAACCUUCAGAGUCACAACGCCACAGUCUCCUGUGACCCCUCAGACCUCCCGGCAGUGUUCUUUGACCCCGGCCAAGAUGGUGCCGGCUGCCUCUCCAACUCCUUCCAGCCCCGCCCUCCAGACCUCCUCCUCUUCCUCCUCCUCCUCCUCCUCUUGUCCUGCACUCCGCCCAAAGGGCCCUGUGGCUCCGGCCGUGGCUGUGACGGCUCAACAGCAGAACCCUGUGGUGAUGGCCCCCCAGGCCGCCUCCCAGCCCGUGCAGCCUCCACAGACAGGAAUCGCCGCGGCUCCCGGAGGUCCUAUCGUGUCCCAGGAAAUGCAAGAGAAUGUGAAAAAGUGUAAGAAUUUCCUGGCAACUCUCAUCAAGCUGGCGUCUCAUAAUUCUCCGUCCCCUGAGACCUCCAAAAACGUCAAGGGUCUGGUGCAGGAUCUGCUGGAUGCCAAGAUUGAACCGGAGGAGUUCACCAGCCGGCUGCAGACUGAGCUCAAGUCAUCUCCGCAGCCUUACCUGGUGCCUUUUCUCAAGAAGAGCCUCCCGGCCCUCAGGCUGUCUUUGCUGAAUAGUCAGCAUUCCCUGACCCAGCCCCCGCAGCAGGGAGUCAAACCAGCGCCCGGCAGCACCCCUCCUGCCAUCGCGGUUGGGCCAGCUGUCCGCAUGCGCCACCCCAACAGCGUCAGCACUACUACGGGUGCCAGUGCACUGCCCGGCGGGACGCUCGGACAUGCAGCUGCCAUGGGUAUAAAGACAGCAGGCACUGUUGGGGGCCAGGUCCGGAUGCCCGUAGUGAUCACACAGUCUGUCAGAGCACAAGGCACAUUGGGGAAAGGAGCCAUCAUACAAGCAGGCAAAAGUCCCGUGGGCUUAGCUGUUCAGAUCUCUGGGAAUCAGAAAAACAAGCUCAACGACCCCGGAGGAGGCACUUUCAGGGAUGAUGAUGACAUCAACGACGUUGCCUCCAUGGCCGGGGUGAAUCUGAAUGAGGAGAGCGCCAGAAUACUCGCCACCAACUCUGAACUCGUGGGAACACAGAUCCGCUCGUGUAAAGACGAGGCCUUUCUCCAUCCGGGACUGCUUCAUCGACGAAUUCUGGAGACAGCGAAAAAAUUUGGAGUCACCGAGGUCCCUAUGGAGGCAGUUACGUUCAUCUCACAUGCAACGCAGUCACGGCUUCGUACUGUGGUGGAAAAAGUCUCGACUAUAGCCCAGCACCGACUGGACGCCUGUAAGGAUGACGAGUGCUACGAGCAAUCGGCAGACGUUCGCUCUCAGCUGCGCUUCUUCGAACAGCUUGAAAGAAUGGAGAAGCAGAGGAAGGACGAGCAGGAGAGAGAGAUCCUGUUGAAAGCCGCUAAAAGUCGCUCCAGGCAAGAGGACCCAGAGCAAGCUCGACUGAAACAGAAAGCUAAGGAGAUGCAACAACAGGAACUGGCUCAGAUGAGGCAACGAGACGCCAACCUUACAGCACUAGCCGCCAUCGGACCCCGGAAAAAACGUAAAAUGGAUUCACCAGGAGCCACCCCAUCAGGGACCGAGGUUUCAGGCAGCACGGCGGGCUCCCCGGCCAGCUCCUCCACCCCGUCCAACUCGUCGCGCCAGUACACACGGCAACGCAUCACCCGCGUCAACCUCAGGGACUUGAUUUUCUACAUGGAGCAGGAGAGAGCGACCGCCCACUCCCUCCUCCUUUACCGAGCCCUGCUCAAGUAGCCUCUGCUCCGCCUCAGCGCCCACCUCAGCCUCCUCCUCCUCCUCCGUCUACUUCCCCUUUGCCACGUGCCUUCAGAUCAGGUCUAAUGUUUCAGCUCUGUGUCUCCAUACGUACUGUAGUGAUGUUUGAUGUAGCUUUCAUAAGAAGAGCAGGAAGAGUUAGGAAAAAAAAGUACAAAAAUAAAACUGUUGUUGCAUUCACGGUGUGUGUAGUUAGAUCAUUGGGUUUAAAGGUCGUAUCAGAUUCUUUGUCUUGAAAGUGAGUUUGAUAAAGGAACUAAGUAGGAUUUGUUUCACAGAACUCGAUGCAGAACUUGUUCCAUGUACGUACGGUAGUUAUUUAUUUAACAACAUUGGCAGUAGCUUCAAUGAACCACCUCAAAGACGGGAUUAUUUUUGAGAAGAUCGUCAUUUUCACACCUCAGUACAGCCUACGAUAUUCUCCACGACCAAGAGAGAUUUAACUGAUUUUAAAACAUUAAGAUUCCAAAUAACAGCAUCAUGCUCCUUAUGUGUAAAUAGUUCUUUUUGAAUUAUUUUACAGCAUGUAUAUUUUUGAUCACAUGUAAGCUUUGUAAGAAAAAGGAAUAACCCAUGUGUCAAUACUAUGAAACCUGAAGUUUUGUAAAAUCAUGAGUCAAAAUUGGACGAUCAUUCUGCUCACCUGUAGAGUAUUUGUAACGAGACAGAAGCCCAAUGACCCUCGUGCAAGGUGUCUUUAGACCAGGACCUUGAGUAAGUCAGUAUUUUAUUUUUUACCCACAAAUAAUGUGAACAUUGUUUGUAUGUAGUUGUGUGUAAGUGGUGUAGUAUCAUGCUCACUCUUUGUCAAACUCACCUGGUUCAAAAGGUAAGAGGGGAUUCAUGUAGAGUUGUGUUCAGGUGACAGAGGAGAGUGAAACUUCUGAUCUGAACAGACAGUCCUUUAUCUUUCACUCUCACUGUUCAAUCUGCACAUUAAUCAUUAAAAAAAAAAAAAAAUUACAUUUCAACUGUUCACACAGCUGUUUCAGCCCUGACCUACUCUGAGUAAGACUGAGUGACUAAAGUUGUCCUUUAAGCGGUUCAGUGCCCUGAACUCAAACUUAUUUGUAUUUUGAUCCUAAAUUAAUAUCACAGCUGUGAAGAAGUGUUAAAUUAUUUUGAAAAAACAAAAGUAUUUGAUUCCUGUCCCGCUUCGUCUCUGUCUAUGUAUAACUUAUUGAGGAGAGGAUUGUGACAAAAUGCCUGCUUUUACAUGUUGUAUUACAUUGUCACCUUUGUUUGUUUGUUUUUUAAAUCCUUAUCGUGUCAUGUAAUGUUGUCCAGUUUGAUUUUUAUAUUGAACAAAAUAUCUUGGCCUCUAUGCAGCUUUUUUCUUGUCUUAUUUGAAUUUGAAACAACUGUUGUGCAUUUGAAAUUUUGACAGCACUUUUUUUAAUCUCUCUAUUAGCCGACGAGUGAAAGCUGUCACUGUAUUAUAAGAAAUGACUCUUUGGAUUAGUAAACAGUAUUUGCCAAUUUAUCCUGAGACUUAUUUUUAACAAUUAAUAUAUUCUCUUUUUUUUUCUUGAUUGGCUUUAAUGCUUGGCACAUUUUCAUAAAGUUUAUCUCCCAAAAAAAGAAAAAACAUGUUUUAAAAAGAAGCACAAUCAUCUCUACUGUGGUGAUUCCAAACAAUUUUACUAGUGAUUUUUAUGGUUUCUGGUGAUUUCACAGGAGGACAUUUCUACUACUACUACUACUACUACAGCUUUUUAGCCAAAAUAAUAGGACAAUAUAACUGAUGUAAACAGAUGGUGAGAUCACAUUUCAGUGUAAGGAUGAUUUGUAAAUAUUGUUUACAAAACUAUGUGUUUAUUAGAACCACGUUAUUUUUGGUAAACUCUUGUACAUAUCCUGAGAAUUUCCUGUUUGUGUGAAAAAACGAUACUUAUGUAUUUGUACCUAUUUUGUAAAGGAAUAAAUAAGCUGUUUACUAAACUGAGCAGACACUA